AUGUCAGAUCAAUUGGUGCCCGAAACACGGGUGCUUGCCGUGGCCAGUCAUGUCGUCUACGGCCAUGUUGGAAAUACGAUGGCAACCUUUGUUAUGCAGUCCCUUGGCUGUGAAGUUGCGGCCUUGAAUACCGUGCACUUUAGUAACCACUCCGGCUAUCGCCAACUGAAAGGAACCCGGGCUACUGCACAGGAGAUAGCAGAUCUGUACCAGGGCCUGUGUCAGAGUAAUCUCAUCGACUUCGACGUCAUGCUUUCUGGCUAUGCCCCAAGUGCAGCAGCGGUCGAGUCCGUAGGUGCCAUCGGCAUUGAUCUGCAACAAAAGGCAGAGAGCAAACCAGGUUCUUUCUUCUGGGUGCUGGAUCCGGUAAUGGGCGAUCAGGGUCGUCUAUACGUCAACGACGAUGUGAUUCCCGCCUAUAAAAAGAUCAUCCCAUACGCGGAUCUGAUUCUGCCCAACCAAUUUGAAGCCGAAGUUCUCUCCGGCAUCAAAAUCACUUCACUGGAAACCCUAGCUGAAGCAAUUACUGUCAUUCACCGCAUCUACUCUGUCCCUCAUGUCAUCAUCACGUCCGUGCAACUAUUCAAGCUCUCUCAAAGUGGCUCCACCCCUCCACCCCCAGAGAACUUCUUAACCGUCAUCGGCUCCACUAUCAGAUCUGACGGGUCCCCCCGUAUCUUCCGCGUCGACGUGCCGGCUCUGGACUGCUUCUUCAGCGGCACAGGCGAUAUGUUCGCUGCACUGACCGUUGCCCGACUGAGCGAGGCGGUCUCAGACACCGCCGGUGAUCUCCGUGCCACCAAGUCGUGGGUUUCCCCUGAUAGUGUCCCAGCCGUGGACCUGCCGCUUGCAAAGGCUACCAUCAAGGUUUUGUCUAGCAUGCACAGCGUGCUGGAGCGGACGCUUGAGAGCCGCGAUGCCGAACUCGCCAUUGCGGUUCCGGCGGCCAGUGAGCAGCUAUCGGAAGAGGAGGCUACAAAGAGGGAUUAUCUGCGUCGUACCAAGGCUGCGGAGGUUAGGCUCGUGAGAAAUACAAAGGUUUUGAGGGAUCCGAAGAUUCAGUUUGAGGUGCUGGGCUGGCAAAAGGAGGAUCUUCCAAGGCAUUUACAGUGA